UUCGCUCCGUGACAGUUUUCAUUCGCGGAAGUUUUCAGGUUUUACAAUGGUAUAUGGGUCAGUCGAGUGUUUUGUUCAUGUGAUGUGAAGUGAGCGGGAGGUGUUAGUGUGGAGAAUGCCUUUCAAUAUUUCAUUUUACAAUAGAUAGACGUUUCACUGCCCCUGGCGCAUCUGAAAUAUUUAGAAGAUGGAAUCCAUAAGGAAGUGGUUCUACAAACCGAAGAAGGAUGAUCCAUCACUGUUGGCACAGUUCUUCUACGCUGAUGAAGCAUUGAAUGUGGUGGCUGCAGAGCUGGAUAGUUUUGAUGGAAGGAAAGAUCAGGAGCGUUGUCUGGCACUUGUUAACCACCUAAGACAAUGCCAGCACAAGGUACUUACAAUCUGCAACCGCAUCAUGGAUGAUGUAAUUCCAUGUGAUCGAGCAAACAGAGACUUCCGUGUGAAGUUUCCAGAUGAUGUAAUGCAAGAAAAUCUCGCAGGACAGCUCUGGUUUGGAGCAGAGUGUCUUGCUGCUGGUUCUAGUAUUAUGAAUCGGGAGAGUGAAAGUGCAGCUAUGAGACCACUUGCUAAGGCACUAACGAAGGCCUUAGAAAAUGUAAGGAAUCUUCUGCGUGAACAGUGCUUGCGUGGAGGAACGAGUGGAAGUGGUGGUGAGGCCUUUGGGGAGAGACUUCAAGAGGCUCUCAAGAUAUUUGACAGGCUGUUUGCUGAGUUUGAGUUGUGCUAUGUGAGUGCUCUGGUUCCUGUCAAGACCCCACGUGAAUAUGAGCUGCAGCAGCUUGUUGUUGUACUCUUCUCCGAGACACUGCAACGGGCCCUAAACAUGAAACUUUUAACUCAGGAAAUGGUGGAUGACUAUGACCCAGCACUCAUGUUUACAAUUCCGAGGCUAGCAAUUGUUAGUGGUCUUCUUAUUUUCCCUGAUGGUCCUCUCUGCUUGGAUAAAACACCAGCAGAUAUGUCUGAAAUGUUCAGACCAUUUAGAACCUUGCUCUACAAGAUAAGAGAGCUGCUAUGGACACUUAACAAAAAGGAACUCUACACUUUGGAGAAGUUGCUCUGCUCUGCUGAAGAGCCCAGUGAUUUCUGUACUGCAAAUGGUGGUCAGAGCCUGGAGUCCCAGAUUACACCAGAAGAAUUAGAAUCAAACAAUCUUUCUGAUCUUCCUGCAAAAUACCCAACAGUUCCUGAUCUAGAUGACUUUGUUAAGCGUUUUUAUAUUGAUUAUCCUAGUUGCAAACAGUUUGUAUCAGAUUUCUACAGUUCUACAGCAUCUGGACUAAAUGAAAGGCUGGCAGCAUCUGAAAAUUGUGUUGUCGGUAACUGGGAAAACCAAGAUGAAAGUGAAGAUGACACUGAAUGGGUUACCGAAUCCUCAGAGGGAGAAACAGUAGUGACUGAAGUAUGUUAUGGUGAAAAUGGUGCCGUAACUCAGGGUGAAACCAGCGGAAGGAUGUCUGCCAGCAUUGCAAAUAUGGCGGAGCAUCUAAAUUCAGUGUCAGAUUCUUCCAGACAACCCAAAAAACAUUUCCAACCAGUGAAUGGUGCUCCUUCGGAUGAGUCUGACACAUCCACUGUUUGUGGGGCAUUAGAACAAUUGACAGUUGUCAGUACACUUCCGUUUCCCUCUUCAACUCUUAUAGCAUCAGACUUUACGGUUCAAGAUGAUGACAACUUAAUAUUUCAUUCAAGGCACCGUUCAGCGGAAACCGAGGAAAGUAUUAAGAAUACUGCCAAACAUCUUGGACACAUCAGUGCUUGUGCCAGUACUGCUGAAGGAAGAGUUGGGCUCUCAAAUAGUACUUCAGAUAGACACAGGUGGGCACUGCAAAGAACUGGUUCUGUGGAUGAUCACCAGGGAUCUUCUGCAAGUGGUUCUCAGGAGGUCCUCUCACCAGCUAGUGUGACAGUGAGCAGAAUACAUGGCGAAGAAGAAGCGAGCACACAGUCACCAAUAGACUCAGGAGUUGGUACAGUAGUAAGCUGCAGUGAUACAGGAAGUCUUUCCGACAGGUCUCCGGACACUCCUGCAGCAGCAGAGCACAGGGCCCAGCCUGAGCAAGAGAGCAGUGAACAGCAGCAGUGGCAUUUGGAAACCAUCCCGUGUACGUGUACCCUUAGCUCCCGGACAGUUUUGCAUUCCCCACAGGGUGUGACACCAAGUGCAAUUGACACAAAUGUUGACUCGGUAGUUAAUAUUAAGGAUGCAGGUGAGCUGAGAAUCAAAAUUUUGAAUAUUCCUGCUAAGGAGCAUAAAAUAAAUAAUGUGACAGAAAGUGAUAUUUUAAAUAAUCUGGAUUACCAGAGUACUGUGCGUGCAGCAACUACUUGUUUAUCUCCUUCCUAUAACUAUGUUGAUAAUGUUCCUAAUGCUCAUGCCACAAGUGAACAUUUAUCAGAGAGCAGCACUUUUCAUAGACAUGAUAGGUGUGUUUUGAGAACUGUAAGUGAUUUGCAAGGUGCUAGUGCAUCAACAGAAGAUCUUUCUAGAAAUGAAGACCAGGACGGAAGGGAAAAGUGGGUCGGUGUAGCUACAGGAGACGGUCAGUGUUCCCUUUGUAGUGGAAAUGAAGUUCGUAUUCAAAAUCAGACAAGGGUUCUCUUACUCAGCUCAGAAUUGGACUAUGCAGGAAAUUGGGAUUAUCUCAGGAGGCAAAAUUCCUCUGAGGUUGCUAGUUCUUCUGGAUUAAAGCCAGAGGCCUCAUCUGUGCCUGAGCGGAAAAAAGCGACUGGAACGCGAUGGAGAGGGAAAAGGAGAGGAUUGUCUCCUGGAAGCCAACGAGUGGGAAAGAAGGAGAUGUCUACACCUCCGAAGGCUGUUCCAAUACAGGCAUCAAGGAACUUGGAGGUGCCAGUAGCAGGCAGCUACUCCUCUACUUGUUCCAGUUGUCCCAGCUCCGUCACAGUCAGCUCAGACAGCUGUAGUAUGAGCAGUGAUACAUCAUCGUUCAACUCAGAGUGCCAAGAUGAUGAAGAAAUUGCUUUAGCUAUGCAGGCUGCGGAAAUUGCAAAUCGUAAUGAAGCAAGGGCAAAAUUUAGGUCAAGUGAAGAUUUGGUACAUCGCCUCUUUGUUUGCAUUGCUGGUGUAGCAGAUCAGCUGCAGACGAACUUUGCUGGAGACUUGAGGAACAUUCUUAAGUGUGUCUUCCUAAUGAGUGCCUCUCAGACUACUGAUAGCAGUGAAAGCUCAGACCAAGAUUUACAGGAACAAGAAUGCCCUUCUCCAGAUGAAAAUGUCUCUGAUGGCUGUCAGUGUGAGGAAGUGUAUGAGGACACACACUGUGUUUUGAGACAGAACAACCAACGCUCACGCCAACAGGUGUGGAGCACGCUGAAGAAGCGUGGGAGUCAGCAGUGGAAGCGCCGCCGCCGUGGGUUCCUGACAUCAUGGCUCCCCGUUGUAUGGCGUGUGCUGCCGCGUUCACUGUCGUCCGGCGCCGUCACCACUGUCGCAACUGUGGAAAGGUAUUCUGUGCCCGAUGCAGCUCCAAUUCAGUCCCACUGCCGAGGUAUGGGCACGUCAAGCCUGUCAGAGUCUGCAACCGCUGCUUCGUGUAUCAGGUGACGCCAUUCACAUUGGAGGAGUCAACUCCUACACGAUCCUAGGAGUGUGCCAGUAACUUUUGUCUGCAGAACACAAUUGAGAUUCCAUUCCUGUGGUCUUCACUUGUUUGUUUGGUUGGUGGUUGUGAUAUUUUUUGUCCAGUGUACUGUUAAGCAUAGUUUGUAUGUAUUUGUAUAGCUCCAAAAUAUUUCUUAAGACUUGUGGAAAUCCUAGAAUUCCUUCUUUUGUUCUGGUCUGGGUCUUUUUCAACUUAAUUCUUUUGUUAAAGUAAUCUCAGUUAUGGCCAACCAUGUACUGCCUUAUGUAAAGUGUAUGUGUGAACUGAAUCCUUCAUGAUAUUCUCAGAACUCAUUAAAUGUGUGAGCCUUUCUUUGUGAUGAUGAUGAUGAUGAUGAUGAUGAUGAUGAUGAUAUGCCUUAGACUUACCAAACUGUGAGGGGUCAGAAAAAAAUCUGAAAAAUUCUUGAGUACUAAUGUAUAUGGACUUUACUGCUGAGAAAUAACUAAAGCUGCCUACAAUCAUUUACAACACAUGUACUGUUGCCAAAUAUUCUCCACAGGAUUACUUAGUAUCUAAGAUGCUGCAGAAGUUCUUAGUGUUCUCAAAUAGCUGUAAGCUUUAAUGUGAUAUUUUGUUACAGGUACAGUGCCUGUUAAAAAGUACUAAUUGUGUAACUGUCUGCAGCAUUUGGCUGUUACUCUUUGUACAAUAGAAGUAAAAUAUGAAAUGUGCUAUGAGUUCUCAGUUGUAAAAAUGCUUUGGAAGGCCUAAAAGAGUGUUUUAUUUUGUAUUAUAUGGAUUUACAUUACAGUUAAGUGUGAUAUUUCACACAGACUUGAUGAAUGACUGAUAAGUUUUAUAUCAUGAGAUGUAUGUAUGUACAUAUAUAAAUAGCUGCAGGUGAGAAUUUUAUUUAUAUAAUUACUUUUUUAAAUGUUUCAAUUGUGCUGAUGUUUUUGAGAUCAUUUGCUCUAGUUUUUUAAUUAUUAUAUUGCACCAGUUCAUAAAUGGGAAUUGCCAUCGAUUUUGUUACUACUGACUAUUGAAUGCUCUUGUAAAUGAGACUGUAAAAGUCAUGUUGUGUUUCAUCUUUACUGUGUGUGCAAUCUGCAUGUUGAUUCAGUUAUGAAAGACUUUUCUUUUAUUCCUCCAUGUAAGCACUACCUCUUUUCAGGAGAUUAUUGUCAUGCAGAUUAAAUUGCAACAAAACCAUUAUGGUCUGAAUUUUAAUUAUCUUUUUAAAUUUUUUCAUAUUUUUAUUUUCUCUCCCAUUUGCUGAUAUGUCCUUGCAGUCCCAUAAGCCUCCAUUUGGUGUGACGAUUAUUGUGCUUAAGACAGAGCCAAUUUAUAGACUGUAUUACAGGAAUUAUCAUAACUAUAGCAGUUCAGUUGCUGACAGAUUUUCUUUAACAUUUUAUAUGACACGAUACAUUGAAUUUUUAUAGUUUUCUCAUUUCUGUUGGUUGCUUACAUUGACAUGGGCUGUACGAGUGCUGGUUUUUGUGGUGGACCGAUAAGAGUAACCUCAUCCUUUUGGUGUUUUAUGCUGGUGAAUGAGGCACAGAAUGGUGAAACACAUCAUGGAAAAAAAGUCAUAACCAUUGCUCUUCAUUGCCUAUGUGAAAAGCAGCACACUUUCUUUCGUAAAACAUGUUAAGAUAUUUGGAUUACUGAUCUUUCAUAAUAACUGUGUACUUGCAUUCAUCAUGUAAAUAAAAUUUGUAGCGCAAA